CUCAGCAGCAAGUCAAUAAACCCGAUGGCCGUGACGGAGAAGCUCAUCCAGACGGUGCACGCGUACCCGGUGCUUUAUAACGCGUCGCUGCACGAUUAUCGCAGCUCGGAGCGGAGGGUGAAGGCGUGGAGGGAGGUCGCCGCGUGCGUCGGGCUCUCCGUGGUGGAGAGCAAGCGCAGAUGGAAGACCGUCAGGGACAGAUACAUCCGAGAGAGGAGGCUGUGGCAGCUGAGGAAGGAGGAGGGCAGCCGGCGCCUGCAUUACUGGCCGCACAGAGAGAGCCUGGCGUUUCUGGACGCUCACAUCAGGAGGAGGAAGCGUGGCGCUGAAGCCGAGGCUCCGGAGGAGCUGCAGGACGAGUCCAGCGGCGACGACUCGAGAGCAAAGAGCAAGCAGUUCCUGCUCAACAUCCCGGAGUCGGAGCAGCAGCUCAAGCCCUCGUCCACCGUCACACCGGUCCCGCCGGUGACCCAGCUGCUGCUCGCCGGUCUGCCUCCUGCACUGAAGCUGUCGCAGGCGUCCGCUUCGACUCCACAGCCGCUGGCCGUCAUGACAAACACCGGCAACCUCAGCGCGAAGACGGAGGAGAACGAGGCGCCGAAGAGCUGCGAGAAAGCCGCGCGAGCGUUCGACGAGGACGAGCUGUUCCUCUUGAGUUACGUCCCUGCGCUCAAAAGACUGACGCCGCAGAAAAGAGCCGCCGUCAAG